AAACUCCGUCUCAAAACAAACAAACAAACAAACAAAAACAAAUAUUUCUCAAAUACUACUUAGGUUGUUGCCAGGUGUGGGGACAUAAAGAUGGAUGAGACACUGUGCUUGCUCUCAAUGAGCUGAUGGCCAAGGACAAAUGAGUAAAUUAGCACAUUCAGAAUCGCUUGGGAAGGAUUGUGCUCAGAGUGAGCCCAGGGCACUUAGGAAGCUCAUGGCAGGGCCCCCCAGACAAUCUAGAGGCGUGGCCACUGUCCCCCUCGUUCAGUUUAAUCAUCUGUUUAAAGAGCAUGUCUCUACCCUUUCCUGUGAUUCUUAGUAAUGACCUUUGGCCUGGGAAAUGCAAUUCUAAUCCAGUGACCUUCUAGUUAAUACCUGCUAACUCUGCUAAUUUAUUGUUGAUUUUCUAGAGGAGUAAAGGAAACCAAGGUUUUCAUCAGACCCUGAAAGCUGUUUGCCUGAAAAAUGGCAUCUAUGCCUCCAGGACUCUGGCGAGAAUUGAUCUAAACGAAGCUCUCACUCAGCCCAUCUACGACCAGAUCGACCCUGUUUUUGCAAGCAUUUUUAGGACGGGGAAGCCCACUGGUUUGGCUCUGAUGCCUCACCUUGAUGCUUUUAAGUACUCCCUGCAGGAGAAAAUGAUGGAAAUUGGGAUACGAAGUGGCUGGAAAUAUGAUAGCUACAAAAAAAAUUUCCUGAUCCAGGAGAUAAGUGCCAUCCUCGGGGGCCUGGAGGACCACAUCCUCAGAAGGAAGAGGAGGAUCUAUGAGUCCCUCACCGCCUCUAUCCAGAGUGACCUGAAGCUCUGUUAUGAAGAGGCAGCUCAGAUCACGGGGAAAAAAGCAUGUGAGAGGAUGAAAGAUGUCAUCAGAAGAGGAGUGGAACGGCAGGUGGCCGAGGGCAUGUUUGAAAGGGCCCAGGAAAGGAUGCAGCACCAGUUUCAGCAGCUGAAGGCUGGGAUCGUGGAGAAAGUGAAGGGCAGUAUCGCCACCAUGCUGGCCCUCGCCUCGUCCCAGGGGGAUGGCCUCUACAAGGAGCUUGCAGAUGUCGGGAGUGAAUACAAGGAGAUGGAGAAGCUGCACAGAAGCCUGAGGGAGGCCGCGGAGAAUGCCCGGCUGAGGAAAGGCAUGCAAGAGUUCCUCCUAAGGGCAUCCCCCCGCAAGGCUGGCCCCCCCAGGAUGUCACUGUAACUCCCAGGGCUUAGUCCCAAUGGAUGAAAGAUCAGCCCAGAGCCAGACAAUCAGAAUUACUUUUUUGGUUCUUUUUUUUUUUUUUUUUUGAGAUGGAGUCUCACUCUGUUACCCAGGCUGAAGUGCA